AUGGAGGAAUUGGAGGCGCGUAUCAAAGAGGUUCAGGCAAAGAUAGACCAAAACAUCCAUUUGAGGAAGAAGGCCAUUGAGCUUCGCCAGAUCCUUAAAGACAGGAAUGCUCAGUUGCAAUGUGAUACGCAGAUCAGAGAGUCUCAAAGAUACAUUGAUUACUUUACAGAGGAAUUACGCAGACUCCAAACCAAGGGGAGCCGUGCCUCUUUCAUUUCGCUGCAGUCAUUCCACCAACAGAGUAAUGAAUCCUCAAGCAGCACAGAUGCUGUGGCUAAAUCCACAACAACCAGCACAACUACAAGCGCAACGACACCUGGUAGUAACGGAGCAGAGGAUGCAGCCGUGCUUGAGCGGCCUAUAGUCGACUCACCCACGCAAGCAUCACUGCAAUCCUAUUUUCCCAACACAACAAAUACAAGUGCAUCAACCCCCACUUCUGAGAUGGCAGAGGAGGAUCCCAGGAAAAGAUAUACCAAUUUGGAUCUUUUGGAGGCGGAUACGCCCAUCAACAGAGCCAAGGUCUCUCUUAAAUUACAUGAAUUGGAAUACAAAGUGGACGUAGAGAAGAAAGUGCAAGAGGGUAUCCGCAAUUUGUAUACCAUUUUGGACCGCACAUCUUCAUCAUCAGCAGCUGAUCGUCGCCGAAAAGCCGAACUCCAUGAGAAGCAAUUGGAGUGCUCAGAGAAAAUGACGCUGCUCAACAACUCUGUCAAAAAGUACAAGGAUUUGUAUCUGGGCGAGGAAGAUGAAGAUGAUGAGGAGGAAUCAAACGAGGCACUAUCAGCAGAAGCAGCAGCCAGAGAAGAGGAGAAGUUGGAGCAAAUGGAUGCCAGGCCCGUGCUACGAGGCAUGCCAGGAGCUCGACGUCCUGUAACUGGUAAACUGCAAUUGAAGAUUGUUGAAGCGCACGAAUUGGCCCAUGCACCCACUCGUAUGUUCCGUGACCCUCUCACAGCAGUAAUGGUCAAGAUUGAUGGCAACAUCCAAUUUCGCACACGCCCCUCCAAGAACGACAAAUGGACAGAUAGCUUCGAAAUGCAUGUCGACAAAGCAACUGAAGUAGAGCUGUUAAUCUAUGAUCAGUCAGGCGAUCGUACGCUGCCUAUAGGUUUACUUUGGCUGAAAAUCUCGGACAUUGCAGAGAAUUUGCGUAAACAAAAGUUGGAAUUGGAGCAACAUGAGUCAAACUGGGUAUCCGCUCAAGUUGCACAACAACAUCAUGACGCGCCGUUGGAUGCGGUAGAACACAGAAACGCCGCUGGAAACAAGCGAAAACAUGCUGCUUCGUCAGAGCACGGUGGUAUCAAUGCUUGGUUCGAUGUGGAGCCUCUGGGCAGAAUCUAUCUGGAGAUCAAUUUUGUCAGAGAGAACGUAAAGAGAAGGCCCAUGGACAAACUGGGAAGAGCUGGCGCUGUGCGUGAAAGAAAGGGCGAAGUGCAUGAAAUGAACGGACAUCAGUUUGUUGCAAGACGAUUCUAUCACAUUAUGAAGUGCGCUCUGUGUGGUGAUUUCAUGGCUAAAUUGACAUUCCAGUGCGAAGGCAAAGCGGAUUCCAAACUAGAUCAUGACGAGGAUGAGCUCAAGCAUCGCAUUCCACAUCGAUUUGAGCCAUUGACCAUUAUUGGGGCCAACUGGUGCUGCCAUUGUGGUUUCAUGCUGCCAUUAGGGUUUCGAGGAGCACAGAAAUGCGCAGAAUGCGGAGUGGUUUGUCACACCAAGUGUGCUGGGCUCGUUCCUGAUUUUUGUGGCAUGUCCAUGGAGAAGGCCAACCUGAUGCUGAGCGAAAUGAAGGCAGCCAACAACCGUCGCCGCACUUUCCACUCUGAUAGCUUACCUCACUUCUUAUCCGACAAUCACCAAAGACCUCUAUUUGCAUCCUCAUCCAGUAAUACCCAGCAACAGCAGCAGCAAACACAAACGAUGAGGCCAUACAAACAAGAAUCUAACAAUGCCUCUAUCAUCUCACCUCAAUCCUCGUUCUCUACACCUGUUUCUCCUAAAAUAAACCCCACUGCAUCUCGACCUCUAUCCAUGAACCACGAUACCUCGUCCUUCCAGUCAUUAACACACCUAUUUAGUCAACAAAACUCCAUCAGCGACACCUUAUCGAGAGCAGGGACGCAUCAAAUCACCACGCCAGUGCAGGUCAAUCGCAAGGUUGGCUUGGAUGACUUUAAUUUACUGGCUGUACUAGGUAAAGGCAAUUUCGGCAAAGUUAUGCUUGCUGAAGAAAAAUAUACGAACGAGUUGUAUGCUAUCAAGAUCCUCAAAAAAAGAUUUGUCUUGGACAAUGAUGAAGUGGAGAGCACUCGAUCCGAGAAACGUGUGUUUCUAACAGCAAAUGAAGAACGCCACCCCUUCUUGGUCAAUUUGCACAGUACGUUCCAGACUGAAACUCGUAUAUACUAUGUCAUGGAGUACGUCAGUGGUGGUGAUCUCAUGCUGCAGAUUCAAAGAGAACAGUUUUCAGAGGCUCGUGCUCGUUUUUACGCGUGCGAAGUUUUGCUGGCACUGGAUUAUUUCCACAAGCAUGGCAUCAUUUAUCGUGAUCUCAAGUUGGAUAACAUUAUGCUGUGCCUGGAUGGCCAUAUCAAGUUGGCUGAUUAUGGUUUAUGUAAAGAGAACAUGUGGGCCAACAAUACAACAAAUACCUUUUGUGGUACACCUGAAUUCAUGGCGCCUGAAAUCUUGCUAGAGCACAGAUAUGGACGUGCCGUAGAUUGGUGGGCAUUUGGUGUCUUAUUGUAUGAAAUGUUGCUUGGACAGUCGCCAUUCAAGGGUGAAGAUGAAGACGAAAUUUUUGAUGCUGUGCUGGAGGACAAUAUUCUAUAUCCCAUCAACAUGUCAAAGCAUUCUGUGUCCAUUUGCGAGGCCCUCCUCGAACGUAACCCUGAAAAGCGCCUUGGUGGAGGGAAAGGCGAUGCACAAGAAGUAAAGAACCAUCCUUUCUUUGCUGGUGUGAACUGGGACGAUAUGCUAGCCAAGCGAGUGCAGCCACCAUUUCUGCCUACUGUGAAUGGUAGAGCAGACACAUCCAAUUUUGAUGAGGAAUUCACAAGAGAAAUUCCAAUUUUGACACCUGUCAAUGCCAUGUUGACAGCCAAUGAGCAGCAAGAAUUCUCCAAUUUCUCCUAUGUAGCAAAUUGGGCUAUCAAUGGCACAAUAUAA